AUGGGUAAGAAUGAGAAAGAAGCUGAAAUGAAAGAACUUGUAACAAUAGCAGUAAAGGUGAAGAAAAAGGCAAAAACAUCAAGAAUUGGAGUAACAACAGUGCUAACAAUGACAACGCUAAGCAUCAGUGCUCGUAAUUCCUUGCCCAAAGUAGCUUAUGCCACAGCUAUGGAUUGGUUUAUUGCGGUUUGUUAUGCAUUUGUGUUUUCUGCCUUGAUAGAAUUUGCCACUGUAAAUUACUUCACAAAAAGAGGAUGGGCGUGGGAUGGAAAAAGCAUAGUCAAUGAUAAGAAAAAAGAAAAAGCCUCAGUCAUUAAGAAAAACAAUGCCUACGCAGUGGCCGUUGCCAAUUAUGGACCAAACAUCACCAAGGACUCUGUUCUCCCAACCAUCUCCAAGAGUGCCACUACCAUUUCAGAAUCCCACAAAGCCAAACAAGAAACCAAACCACAAGAAGCAAAGAAAACAUUUAACAGUGUUAGCAAAAUUGAUAGAAUGUCCAGAAUAGUAUUUCCAGUUUUAUUUGGCACAUUCAACUUGGUGUACUGGGCCACAUAUCUAAACAGGGAACCUGUUUUGCAUGGGUUUGCACCAUCACACUAAAACCUUAACUUUAUGCUGAGGGUAUCUAACAUCAUUAUGAUCAAGUUGUUUUCCUAUGUACACUACGACUAAUAACUGCUAACCAGUGAACUAAUAUGUACAGGAUGUAUAUAGGUAUCAUGUUUGUUUAUCUCCAAAGGAGGUGCACAGAGCUUUAGUCAUGGGAUCUGUAAGCAGAUGGCACCCAUGGCAAAUAUAUUCUGCUCUCCUAUUUAUGUGACUUCUCCUAAAUUUGGAUUUAAAUAUGCUGAAUUAUAUCCAUACAAACCACAUAUAGUCCUACAUAACUAUUUAGUAACACUAUUUUUUUAAUUUAAAGUUUAAGAUAUUUUUCUAUGAAACAACUGAUUCUACUUUAAUGCAAAGAAGCUACCAUUUAAAAAGAGAAUGAUUUUUUUAAAAAAAGAGUAAUCUUAAUAAUUUCUUACAGUAUCAGUGCCCAUGUAAAUAUUAUAGAUGUGUGGUGAUCAUAAGUACUCUCCUGUUAGCAAUCAUUAAGAAUGCAAGUUGUGCAUAAAAGCAUCAGAAUGUCAGAGAUAAUAAUUUCUUUUAAUCAAGUUUUAAAGUUGCUGUGGACUUAUCCUGUGAUGUGGUCAGUGGUCUGUUGAUAAGCAAAAGGAUUGCACUUGGAGAUUACUUCCAACAAUACAAGGAAAUAAUUGAAUCUAUACCCAUUAUAGAAGAUGUUGACAACAUACAGAGAAAACAUCUAUGAGACCCAAAACUAAACUACUAAGCAUAUGUUGUUGAUUUCUAGUUAUAUUAAUUCAAUCGUUUGUUUUACUUAUUUGCCCUCUUCUGUCUCCAGUGCAAAACUGUGCAGAAGUUCAAAGAGAAACAAUAUUGAUUAAUAAGACAACCUCCAUAUAUUCAAGUCACUGUAAAUGUUUUUGUAGAUUGCUUCAUGCGAGCACCUUUUUGUGGCCCUUUUGGUUCUGAAAUGUAUAUUUUAUUACAGACAAGAGAUAUUUUUAUGCCAACUGGGACAACAAAUUUGGAAGCCUAUGUUUUAAACCAGCAGAGGCUUAAACAGGAUAGAAUUUAACCAGAAAAUUUAAGGAAGACUCAUUUCUUCUCAGAGAGAUAUACUUCCUAUUAGAAAUAGAAAAGGCUAUUGAAAAUAGAACAACAAUAUAUGCAGAUAGCUUCAGACAUACUGCUGAACUGCAUGGAUGUUUUUGAACAUUAACAUGAAGAUUUAUUGUUACUUGGAAAAAGAUUCCUUGUCUGAUGAAUUUAAUGAUUUGACAUCCAAACAGAAUUUCUCUCUUCCUGUCCUGUCCUGUCCUGCCCUGCCCAUUCUUGUCCUGCAGAAUUACUUUUUCUCUCCUUUCCUUUCAUUCAAUUUUUUGUUCCCUUCAUUCCAUUUCUAUCCCUUCAUUUUUUCUUUUUUUUAAAUAAAAUUUUAUUGAUUUUCUUUUACAUACACAUGUUAAUUUUUUAACCAACCAGCAGUCUGGGCUCAGCUAUGCUAAUACAUAUUCAAUUCCUAAUCCUUCAUUCUUUCCUCUAGCCAACAAUAAAAUAAGUCCCAAUUUUGGUAGUAAUCUAUGUCUAUCUUUCAAUCUCAUAGUUAAUCUGUCCAUCUCUGCUCAUUCCAAUAUUUUUCUGAUUAUUUCUUCCUCUGAUGGUUCUUCCAAUAUUGCGCAAAGAUUAUUCUUGCUGCUGUGGUGACGUGUAAAAUCAAAUAUAGACUUUGCUUAUUAAUCUUUUCAGGCAUUACACCUAGUAAGAAAAGUUCAGGUUUAAAAUAAACAUGCUUGUAACUUGUAUGUUUCGCCUUUUAUCUUCAGUCCUUUAAUUUCUGCAUCUUGUCUAAUCCUUCUAUUUAGAACUUCCAAAGUGGGGAUAAUGGACAUCCUUGCCUUGUGUCUUUUCGUAUCUCAAAGCUCUCAGUACAGUCUCCAUUCACAAUCAUUUUGCUGUUUGGUUGCCAUAUAUUGCUUUUAUCAUAUUUGUAAAGUUCUUUCCAAAGUCCAUUAUUUGUAGUUGUUGAGUCAUAAAUUGCCAAGAAAUGUUGUCAAAUGCCUUUUGGGCACCUAAAAA